AUGAGUGGUAAAGAUAGUGAAAAAUGUUUGAAGAAGACGAAUUUAUUGGUAUAUCAGCAGCCUAGUGGUGGUAAACACCGAAGGGAACCUUGUUCAUCAGGAAGAAAGAAACCUGCAUACAUUCCAACAAUAUGCAGGCCAAAUCCGAAAGUGAUACGCAUUUGUACAGGAGCAGAAAUGAAGAAGAUGUGCGCACCAAAACCUUGUGUCUGCCCUAAAGGUCGGAGGCCAUCUAAAGGUCUACUUGGACUACUAGUAUUCGGCAUGAAAACAGCCCUCGCCGCUGCAGCUGUUUAUGUGAGUUACGACUUAGGUAUAUGGGGAAGCACAGAUGAUACUCAGGAGUUGUACAGGAUGUACUGCAGGAUGAAAAAUGAACCUAACAGGAAAAAUACAGGAAAGUGGGAUCCUCCAUCAUGUGAAGCAGAGAGGGAUUUAUUUAGGAUUUCUCCAUUCAAUCCUUAUGGCCAAUGCGAUGACCCACCAUUCGAUCAUGAAAGAAACGCAUACAAUUUCCAAAAUAAUUGGAAUCAUGCGGUAGCAUAUGUUUUUGCUGGUAUUGCAGGAUUACCUUAUAACAUUAUCGAAAAAUUCACUAAAGAAAAGCCCGAUGGUGAUUCAGUGAAGAAAAACGUAUGUGUUCCGUUUGAAGAUCUACCUGAAAAUGAGAGAAUAAUCAAUAGAUAUAAAUAA